AUGCCAUUCGUACCACGCCUCCCGGCGCUCUUCGCUCUCCUCACCCUCCUUACAACAACACUCGCCGCAGACAAAAACCUCAUUCCAACCGCAGCGUCGAGCACGUUCCCAACAUGUGGUUUGACCUGCAGCCAGCUCUAUGCCGCCCAAGACACCUGCACCCAGGCCGCCGACUCCGCAAGCUGGGUGUCCUGCUUCUGCCAGUCCUCUUUAAUACCCAACCUGAAAACUUCCGGCGCCAUCUGCUCCUCCUGCAGCACCGAGGACCAAGCCAAGAUUUCCACCUGGUACACCAACUACUGUAACUCCGGUGGAAAAGAUACCUCCACUGCCACAACUACAUCCUCCACGGCGAGCUCUACCGCGACAUCCACCGCCGGUGCCAGCAGUGCCAACUCGAGUACAUCAUCCUCAGACACUGAAGAGAACAAAUCAUGGUGGAGCACCCACUACCAAUGGGUGAUCAUGCUGAUAGUCCUCGCAAUCGGCUUCGGCAUCAUCGCAUGGUUGGGCGUCUGGUUCAAGCGCCGAUACGACGCUAAACGCCCGAACCUCUACCACGGUGGCAGCAGCGGCGUCCUCAGUACUGCCUCCCCGCCAUCUGGUCCGAGGGAUGCGGCUUGGGACCCUGCACCGAUGCCGAUCCAGGGACGCGGUAUGGCGCCUUCGUCUUCGUUGGCGUCGAGCUCGCUGUCGAACGUUGCUCCUAAACUCUCUACGCCUGUUUCGGGGAGUCGGUCGCGUUUGAACAAUGUUCCGCAGGGGCCUGGGGAUGUGGAGGUUCGGCAGGUUUGA